AUGACAUUACAACAGAACCCUGACCAAGAAGAAGCCUUCUUUCAACUCCUGAGUGUAGAAGCCAUGGACGAUUCCAUACUCUUCUCGACCAGCCUUGAAGGACUCAAGAAAUUGGUCAAGCUGAGCGAACGAUAUCAAGAAGCAUACGGGAUACGGACGGCAUGGGACUCUCCAGACAAGACGGUUUUCUUCACAAUUGGAACACGGAUGACCCUCCCGGCAGAGAUUACAAUCAGUACACCACAAGGCCUUCAACAUGUCCCGUCAACCGACAACCCAAAACUUCUACGGACAUCCUUAACCAGACCGCAGGAGACUUUCGAAGACAUAAUCCAAAUCGUCGACCGGUUCCCACUCCCGCCACACUCCAAGUUUCCGUUGCCGGUGAUACGGAGAGCCGUUUCCUCCCUCCUAAUUGCCCAGAUUCGUGCAAGACUUCAAUUCAUGCCCCUUACCCCAACACAAAGUAUGACAAUAGAUACGGCUAUAUCUAACAAAGUCACUCAAGCCCUCAAUCUACGACCUACUAGAACUCAGAUUCUCACCUUACCAUUACAAAUGCACGGGUUCGAUUUCCCAUCGGUGUGGAUCAUAAACGCAAAUAUUGCUAUCAACACGGUAUUAAGAGCGCUGAAUCACCAUCUGCCGCCAUUAUCAAAUAUGGCCCAAAUUACUCUGGCUAACUGGCAGUGUCAAUCUAAUCAAUGCAUACCCCCUCUAGAAUCACCCAAGCGAUAUCGUAGACCAACAGCGUCCGUCCCCCUAACCUGGACUACGGCAGCUACCUAUCUCGCAACGGCCGAAAUGAGUAUCCUCGACACUGAUCAGUCAUCAUGGGCAGACGACCGUUUCCAUCACGUACUGAAUCGACUAAUCGACUGUGGGGGCAUAGACAGGUCAGCUAAUCGAAUUAUGCGGAAGACGCUUGAGCAAGCCCCCGUCACGACCAACGGUAACUUUGUCCUCAGUGACACCUUCGUAUGGCAGACAUUGGUCAGUAACAUCAAAGUCCUAGCGACACAAGGACCACAGGCGAAACGGAAACAAUUCCUAGCUGCUCAUAAGUUACUGAGUACGAAUACACUAGACGCGUCAAUUCUCGCCGGAUUAAGGAAAGAUCCCAAACACCACGACAACAUAUGGGCCACAGAUGGCAGUCAUAAGAUGAUCUUCGGCACAAUCUCAUCAACUACGGCCGCAAUGGUAGGCCCCACAACGGGCGCUUUCUCCAUCCGCGGAUUGCGGACCUCCUCCCUCCAUGGGGAAUUAGUGGGGCUGAUAGCCGCUCUCACACACAUCCAAUCAUCAAACCAAUCCCUAUCAAGUCGAAACACUUUACAACCCCCGCUCAUCCUCACAGAUCACAAAAACACGGUCAAUAAGAUUUUGGUCAUGCAACAAACGGAGUAUGAUUUGUGGAGGUUACGGGGUUAUCCGGCUACGGAAUUCCACCGUUGGCUAUACGCUAAAUUACAGCCGGUUGAUGUUCAAGUUUCCCACAUCAAGGCUCAUACAAAUUUGGAAGAUACAUAUUCGAAACUCAACGAGGAGGCGGAUGAGAAAGCCAGUGAGGCUCACCGGAACCCGACCAUGAUCAUCCCACCCCCAACGGCAUACAUGAACGGAUGGGAAACCGUCCUCAACGAGAGACUACUGGACAACCUCUAUCAACAACAGCCCCAUCAUCUCAAGUCCCGUAUUGCUUUUCGACCUCAUCCCUCCCAAGUCGCUGUCCCUUCAUAUUUCUAUUUUCGUUCUCCGGCACCUCUCAUCACAAAAUACCAACUAUCACUCAAGACUGGACAAUUCCCAUCUGGAUGGAAAAUGUACCUAGCCGGUUUACGAACGUCUCCCGAAUGCGAUCUCUGUGGAGCUCAGCUUCAAGACGAAACACACAUAUUUGUCAAAUGUCCGUUCUACGAAGAUAUGCGAGAACAAGCUAGGAAACAAUUGCUAGGUUGUCGCUUGAAAGGCCAAGCUACAGAAAUAUGGAAAAGCUACGUACACAAUCUCUUUUCAAACACAUCCUCACAUACUACCAAAUACUGGUACAACAUAAUUCCCAUACCCUCACCUGAUACAGUUACUCCAUACCUUAUUCGCCGAGCAUACGAUAUGGCCAUUUCGCUAACUGCCAGAAUUGCUGGUCAUAUGACCUAUCGAGCAACCACCAAUAACGCCACAUCGGUAAGGCCGCAAGAAUCAUUAGAAACCCGCUGGGUCGCUGUUAGAGAAAAGAAGAGGAAAACUAGGUCAGAUGAGACAGGAACAGUUAAUGAGCCCCCUCGGCAACAAAGGAGGUUAGCUUAA